GCUCUUGUGGCAACACUUGUCCAACUAUAGCCACCCGCUGCAGCAGCGCAACAUCGUAAAGAUACUCUUUCUGGUGCCUCUUAACAUCAUUGCUUCAUGGACACGCUAUAUGUGGUACCCACAGUCUUCUGCCUUCGACGUUAUCAGCGCUUGCUAUGAAGCCCUCGUCGUCGUGAGCUUCUUUACGCUCCUUUUACAGUAUCUUGGGGACACAUUCGCUCAGCAAGAGGAUGUCUUCCGAAAGGUCAGGCUGCUACAAGGUCCCUUUCCGGGGGGCUGGUGGGAGACUCGAACCAAGUCAGGACUAGGAUUUCUCAGAUUUAUGAAAGUGGCUAUCUUGCAGUAUGCGAUCUGCCUACCCAUUUGUACCGUGGUCGCAAUCCCACUUCGAUCAGUCCAUUGGGACUGUGAAGAAUCGUGGCUGCCAGGAGUCAUCAAUACAUGGCUCUCUAUCACCUUGCACAGCUCGAGCAUCGUAGUGAUGUACUGCCUCGUCGUGUUCUACUGCACGAUAGCCGACCGCAUCAAGUCUCACGGUGCACUUCUCAAGCUCGUCUCCGUCUUAGCUACCAUGGUUUUGUGCUUCCUGCCAGGAAAGGUAGUCACGAACAACUGGAUAGAGCUUCAAGCCGAGUUGGACAGAGUUUUCUCUGCUGUCAGAAUGGCCUUGAUUGCCCUUUUGCACCUGAAGGCCUUCAGCUACAGCGCCUAUAGAGCUCACGAUCAAGCUAAGACAUCCAGAUGGCGAGCCGCCCUAGAUGCAAUUAAUUGUCGGGAUCUCUCUGCGCAGAUGGAGGACUUUAGACGGAUUGUCACGCGAGACGACCGAGAACAUGGCUAUAUCGUGCUGGACGACGUCAGUACUGAGACAUCGCAGCCCCAGGCGACGGCUAGGUCUUGGACUGACAUGCCUGAAGAGACCGCCUGAACUACGGCAGAAGGGCAGAACGACGGAGCAUGUGUCGAAGCCGGCGAUGUCCUUGCUCAAAGCAUCGACUGCUUCAACUGCGACAGACUUGUGUGACUGCGAUGACGGGGUCCGUCGCCAAGGUGUGUACCACCACUGUAAUCAAGCCUUUGGGGGGAAG